AUGAAUAGUGACUUGGAGUAUUUAGAGGACGGUUUUGAUCCGAAUUCAAUGAAAGUUGCGACUUUGAGGAGGAUAUUGGUAGAAAAUAAUGUCGAUUUCCCAUCUAAUGCUAGGAAAAAUGCGCUGGUGGGGCUGUUCGAUGAAAAGGUUAAACCGCAGAUCCCGCAGUUACGGAAAAUGUAUCUGAACGUUCGGCCCAGCGAUGAAGGUAUUGUGAAAAUGGACCGUCCCUCAUCUUCCCCAUCUAUAGCUUCCCCUCGUAGAAGUAGACGAGCUCGCAGGGAGAAAUCUGCUUCCCCCAUGGCCAAACAGUUUAAGAAGAAUAGAAUACUGGAUGAUGUAAGUAAUGAUGAUGAUGAUGAUGAUGAUGAUGAUGAUGACAAUGAUAAAAAAGACGAUCCUUUAAUUGUACCUAGUGGAACGGAUACCGAUGAAGUGGACGAUGAAGAGGAUGAUGUGAUAACAUCAAGCUCCAACAAAUCAGACACCAAUGAUUUCCAGCAAAAUUCCGAUACUCGUAAGAAAAGGAAAGACCCUGAUUCUGACGACUGGUCUGAAUCUAAUUCAAAGGAAAAUAAAAUCGAUAAUAAGCAUUUGAACCUCCUAUCAUCAGAUUCAGAAAUUGAACAGGAUUACCAGAAGGCAAAAAAGCGUAAGACGAGUGAUUUGAACCAAGAGCAUGGAAAUGGCUCUGCCAUUUUAGGAAAACUUUCCGUCAAAACACCAAUAAAGAACACAAAUAGAAAGCCAGUAAGCAUGGAUAAUUUUAACGAUUCGUUGACUUCAAGCGGUACGGAAAAUGAUCCAUUUGUACCGAACAUACGACACAAUCCAAAAGAGCUCGGAACUGCCAAUGGAACAGGCCAUAGCACACCCUUGAGUAAGUUAAAAGUUUCUGCCUCAUUUGCGGAUAAAUUGCCUCAAAAGGAGGUACCAUCUACAAUACUGGUUCCAGAAGUGGAACAGCAAGAACCUUCUCAGAGUGAAAGAACACCGUCUUUGUUUUCGUCCGAAGGCUCUGGCUCAGAGUCGGAAGCACCCUUGCUUCCAGAGAUCACCACGCCAGGUCCUCAUCAGCCUAUGGGUAAUACCAGCAAUAAUGUGGUCGAAAUGAUAGAUACAGAUAGUAGUAACUUGGUAUCGGAUGAAGAUGAAGUUUUAGUGCCUACAAGGAUCGAGACUCCCCAAUUACCCACAGAGAAAGACGUCGAAAAGUGUGAAGCAAGAGUGCAAGAACUUCAAGAGGAAGUAAAUGAGCAAUUAGAGCAUGAAAAUGGGAGUGAAUUUGAUGUUAAGCAAGGAUCUGGGAAGGUCGGGAACAGGCAUAAGUUCAAAAGAGCACUCAAAUUUUUGAGCAAAUCAUUACUGGCGCUAUUUUUAUUUUGCAUAUUCAUUGUUAUUCCUCUCUUAUUUGGCCUCUGGUAUAGAGAGCAAAGACUGCUCAUAGGUUACUGUGGGCAUGAAGUACCAUCCCAUCGAGUUAGUGGCAAUUCCUUCGAGUUUAUUCAAAAACUGGAUAAUUUGUUGCAGGACUACAGACCGAAAUGUAUCCCUUGUCCACCCAAUGGUAUUUGUUAUCCUUAUUUGAAACUUAAAUGUAAGCCAGAUUACAAGUUAGCACCAUCUAGACUUGACUUUUUGGAAAUUAUUCCUGCACAAGGCAAAUGUGUUAAAGACGACAAAAAACAGCAGUUAGUUUCCGAAGUGGUUGAAAAAUCUUUAGAGUUUCUGAGAGCCAAAAAUGCACAAAUUUCAUGCGGUGACGGAAAAGACGACAUCGAGAGUGGUAUGACGGAAGAUGCCCUCUAUCAAAUAUUUAAUGAGGCUAGAGCUCCUUGGAUUCGCGACGAUGAAUUUGAGGACCUGUGGAUCCAAGUUAUCAAAGAUUUAACUGAAGAACCAGAAAUAUUAUGGAGGCAAUUAUCACCCACUGACAACAACAUUGGCGGAAAUUCCAACAACAUCAUUAAAACCAAUGACGUUCCGAGACAGAAGAGACAUCUUCCAGAAAAAUUCAUCUCCAAGACGAGGAAUUUUCGGUCGACGUCCAAGAAAUACAUUGGAAUGAAGUGUCGAUUUGAAAGAGAAAUCUACCAAACGUAUAAAAAAUUUCAAAGGCCAAUAUGGCUAAUGUUUUUACUGAUAGUCAUUAGUAAAGUAAUCGAGAUCAAGCUGAAGAAUUAUUAUAGAAAGAAGGCAAGAAUUGAAGAACUCGUUACUCAAACCAUGGAAAAAUUGAAAUUCCAAAAGAUUAAAUCAAUGUCCGAUCCGAAAGAAAACGCGUAUUUGAGCAUAGUUCAAUUGCGUGACAUCUUUCUUUCUGAUAUUGUCGAUCUGAAAUACAAAAAUCAAUUAUGGUCAGAAGUGGUAAAAUAUUUAGAGCAUAAUAACAGUAAUAUUAAAUCGAACUUAACUGAAAUUCGAGGUGAAAUAAUGAAAUGUUGGGAAUGGAUAGGUCCGAUGGAACUCAAUGAACCUAAGGAUUCCGCUGAAAACAAAAUAUAA